GUGAGCGUUGGGAAUCAAGCCCCGAUCCUCUGGAAGAGCAGCCAGUACUCUUAAACACUGAACAAUCUCUCCAGCCAGUGAGGAUCCCAUUUAAACUCUGUGAAAGCUAUCAGGUAUGGGAUACAAUCUGCCACCGUCCCUAAAGAUACCAGAUCGAAGACAAGAGAUGACACUGAGGCUGACGAUGAAGAUGAUUUAAUGUGGAUUCCUUCCAACUCAGGCUGUUUCUGAUGCUUGGAAGCUAUUGUUUCAGCUACUAAGAUGGUAAUAAAUCUUUGCCUCCCACAGUUCAAACCAAGAAUUCACUGCAACAAGGUGUCAGCUGAUGGUUAUGAAGUAGAAAAUCUCAUCUCUGAAGACCUCAUAAAGAGAAGCCAUGGCUUUAGGACAGAGUAUUUCAUUAGACCUCCAGUCUAUGUGACAGUUUCCUUUCCCUUUAAUGUGGAAAUCUGUAGGGUUAACAUAGAUCUCACAGCUGGGGGAUGUCAGAAUGUCACUGGCCUGGAAUUAUAUACAUCUGCCUUAUCUAGCAAAGCCUCUCGGGAUGCCCAGGACUGCUGGACUACAGGCCCAGUGGAGACAUCUGUCCCAGACAAGGAGGCCUUCACCCUGGUAGGCAAAGUCUUACUGAAAAACCAGAACCAUGUGGUGUUCAGCCACAGGGGCUUCAAGGCCAGGCCACCUUUUAGCCCAAUGGAAGUCACUUUCCUAUCUCCUGCUGUUGUAGCCCAGGAACUCUGGAAUAAAGGGGCUCUUUCCCUUAGCCAUGUGGCCCACCUCAAGAUUGGCAUCACCCAUGUGACAGGCAGUGGCAUCUCUUGCAUCAAGCGUUUAGAGGUGUGGGGUCAGCCAGCCAGGACCUGCUCUCAGGAGGUGAUAAAUAGUGUCUUGUUGACAGCCUCGGAAAGCCUGCCUCAGGACUUGGGUCCACACACUCCAGCCUUGCCCAUGGAGAGUGACUAUGACCCUGGGGGUCAAUCUGAGGGCCAGCAGUCUCCCUGUACCUUACAGGACAUGUCUGAGGUGGAAAGUGACGUUCCAGAGGAGUUCCUGGAUCCUAUCACCCUGGAGAUCAUGCCAUGUCCCAUGCUGCUGCCCUCAGGCAAGGUCAUUGACCAGAGCACUCUGGAGAAGUGUAACCUCAGUGAGGCUGCUUGGGGCCGAGUGCCCAGUGACCCUUUCACAGGGCUAGCCUUUACUGCACAGUCCCAGCCCCUCCCUCAUCCUUCCCUGAAGGCCCGGAUCGACCGGUUCCUACUUCAGCACUCUAUUUCAGGCUGUCGCCUGCUUGGGAGAGCACAGACUCCAUCAGCAAUGACCCCUUCUGUCAUUACCGUGCCCUCAAGGAAAAGGAAGACAGAGCAGGCUGAACACAGCUCACACUACAACCUUGGCAUGAAUGCGUCUUCCUCUGCCACAAGCCCUUUAUUCUCACCUACUACCUCAGAGCCAACUGCCAAGAAGAUGAAAGCUGCCAGCGAGCUCGGCCUGACGGACAUGGACUGUUCAGCAGAGCAUCCAAGGAGUGUUUCUGGCCCAGAGUGUGCCUCCUGCAAACGAGCAUUUUCUUUCUACUCCACACAUGAGCCUGUGUACCAGCUGCCCUGUGGUCACCUUCUGUGCCGACCCUGCCUGAGUGAGAAGCAACGUUCCCAGCCCAUGAUGUGCACAGCCUGCCAGCAGCCAGUCACCAACCAGGAUGUGCUACGGGUCCAUUUCUGAGAGAUGAACCUCAACUGGAGAAGCCCCAUUUUGGGGGAGACCUGAAGGUGGAGGAAGCAAGAACAGGAUCCCAGUGCCUCUGUUCUCCCUUGGGCUUGAAUACCUCAUGGUGUGUUAUGGAGACUGGGUAGGGACAUCCCACUCCUGCUUAGGCAACAACAGGAUAACAAAGCCAUAGGGCUGGGCUGGGGAAGACAUCCCUAAUCUCCCUGGCCCACCUUGCCACUCCCCAACCAGAGCCAGCCCUCACUGUUCAGGAGCACCCCCUGAUGCCCCAUGUAAUCUACAUACAACCUUCUAAUGGAGCUUUGUGGAUGGAGCUCAGUAGACUGACUUGGGACCUCACACAGCCUUCUCUGCCUCACAGUCACUCAGAAGUGGACCAUGGUAGGGGCUGUUAAGCACAUGAGUUACCCCCAUGUGUAUCCCCACCUCUGCAGACACUUGCAGCCUUAAUAAAGUGACAGUUGACAUUCUACAAGGAUUCUUCCUGGCACACAGAACAGGAUAGCCAUAUGUAGUUGCUGCUACCAGAUAAGCAAGGAUUCAGAUGUCUUCAGUGUGGGUGUGCCAGUGCCAAGGGAGAGCGUGCAGCCUCCAUCAGGCCAGGUGCCAGUCUGUCUGGCUGCUCCUGGAGCCACCUCCAAGGGGAAGGAUUCCUGUUCCAUAUGUCACCCACAUCAGGAAAACACUUGUUUAUAGAAAACACUUUGCACCUAUGGAAUUCAGUGCUCCGGGGGUCAGCUCGCGCUUUCCAACCAUGUGGCCCCCUAAACCUCAGGGCAUCAGCAGUAUGGCAGUCUCCUCGCCCCUCAACCGCCUCCUUGGGUCCCUAGGCUGCAUUUUUUUUUCCUUCCAAAAUUAAACAGUAGGAGCCCCAAAGAAAUUGAUUGCUUAUAAUUCUGUUGGCUUGAAAGAGCUUCCAGCCAGUAGAAUACCUGCACAGGUCCUCACGCUGUCCCGUUCCCUUCCAGGCAUGACCUGCUCUGUGAGAUAAAUCACAGCCCCUUGAGCUACAUGUUGUCUCCCCUGGUUGCCCAGGACUCAGUCCUGAGACUUAGAGAAUCGGCUUUCAGAGUUCUCAGAUGUCUCAUAGAGGUAGCCAGUACGGGAAUGCCACCUCCUUCCUUCUCCAUGCCCCCAGUGCCUGUCGUGCUUCAGCCUUCGUCUGAGAUACCAGGGUCUGCAUGGAGUGGCCACUUGCACCGCCUGGUGGCUCCUGCACACCCCACUCUGUGCCUGAGCCUCCCUUCUAAGUGGUGUGUUCUUAGCCCAUGCAACUACAGAGGGCUUGGUUUGGGGGUCGGCACCUACCCAUAACCUGUCACGGUCUCUGGAGUAGCCCACUUCCCACUCAGCCUUUACACCUUGAUGUGAGUACCAGGGGCCAUCCCUGCCCCCCCCCCAGCCCCCAGGCUGCCGUUCCUCUGCAGCUCUACCAGAGGUGUCUGGUCUACUCUGCUGGAAAACUAGGUCUGGGAGGCCCUGGGGUGAGCUGGAGAUACCCUGAGUCCAGGGCGGGGGUGGGGGAACCACUCCCACACGGUAAAUGUGAUUAAGUUUUCCCUUAAAGGUCUGACCCCCUCCCCCAUGGAAGUGUUCUUUUUCUUCUUCAUCCGCUACCAGAAUUGUUGUAAUCAUCCCUAGAGUACAUGAGCUGGGUGUGAUGUAAGUUUGUAAAUCCAAAUAUCUAAAGGACUUCUGUGAGUGCAAGGUCAGCCUGGGCCUCAUAAAGUCACUGAAAUAAAAAUAUAU